UAUCUGUGAUUCGCCACACCACCAUAUAGAAAUGUUAAAAGAUACACGAGAGUUUCAUUCAUUAGCCAACAUUAUAGGCAAGAAGAGUCUUCUACUCAAGGCACGAUGUCAACACAUACCGCAUCACCAUUGAGAUCAUUGAUCCUAGUUGAAGGUAUCAUGAAGCUCGCAGGGGGUUUGGUGUUCAUAAUCUCACCCCAAACCCCAUUGUCCGUCGCGGUAGCAGCGCCCAUUCCGCCUUCAGCCCUACUAUUAAGCCGACUCCUAGGCACCCAAACUUUUACGCUAGGGAUAUCUAUGCUUCUCGCAUCUACGAAAGCACCAAAGGCCGCGGCGAGCAGGCGGAUAGUUUAUUGGACCGUAUUCGCGAGAGAUGCUACCUUGGUGACAGUACUCGCGUUACAACUUUGGUUCGGAGACAAUACUAACGUUCUGGGUUUCUCGCCAAAAGGACUACGCUCGUGGCUUGCGGAGCUGAUUCCCUUCUGCUUAGGCCACCUAUGGAUUUUGACAGCAAAGCCCCAUUGGUUUUGAUACAAAUCUGGGGCUACAUUUGACGGAAACCGUGUUGAUCAUAUGUAUAGUGUACUAUGUGAACAAGUACAAAAUAAUUGGACAUACUCAUAACC